AUGAGCUGGUCCCCAGAAGAGUGCAGGGAGCAGGGCGAGCCCCCUGGUGACCGACAUGCCCUCUGUGCCAGGCUGGUGGAGAAGCCCAGUGGAGGGUCCGCCGAGCGCCCGGAGGCAUGCCCGAGACCCAUCGUCACGCGCACGGCCUCGGGACCCGCCUUGGCCUUCUGGCAGGCAGUGCUGGCCGGGGAUGUGGGCUCUGUCUCCUGCAUCCUCGCCGACUCCAGCACUGGCCUGGCUGCGGAUUCCGUCUUUGAUACCAGCGACCCAGAGCGAUGGAGGGAUUUCCGCUUCAACAUCCGUGCUCUGAGACUCUGGUCGCUGACGUACCAAGAGGAGCUGACCACCCCACUGCACGUGGCGGCCAGCCGGGGCCACACGGAGAUCCUGCGGCUGCUGCUGAGGCGGAGGGCAAGGCCAGACAGUGCCCCUGGGGGCUGCACCGCCCUCGCAGGCCACGCUGCCUGCGUGCACGUGCUGCUGGUGGCAGGAGCCGACCCCAACAUCCCUGACCAGGAUGGGAAGCGCCCCUUGCACCUCUGCGGGGCGGCCGGGAGCCUCGAGUGUGCAGAGCUGCUCCUGAGGUUUGGAGCAAAAGUGGACGGUCAGUCCGAAGAACAGGAGGAGACCCCUUUGCAUGUGGCCGCCCGGCUGGGCCACGUGGAGCUGGCAGACCUACUUCUAAGACGGGGAGCAUGUUCCAAUGCCCGCGAUGGUGAAGGCUGGACCCCGCUGCUGGCCGCCUGCGACGCCCGCUGCACGUCCCCCGCUGAUGCCGAGGCCACCACCACUCACUGCCUCCAGCUGUGCCGCUUGCUGCUCUCGGCCGGGGCCGACGCCGAUGCUGCUGAUCAGGACAGGCGGCGGCCCCUGCACCUGGCCUGUCGCCGAGGCCAUGCGGACGUCGUGGAGCUGCUCCUGUCCCGCGGCGUCAGCGCCAACGCCAUGGACUAUGGGGGACACACGGCCCUGCACUACGCGCUGCAAGGCCCGGCUGCAGCCCUGGCCCAGGGCCCCGAGCGCACGGUGCGGGCGCUGCUCAACCACGGUGCCGUCCGCGUGUGGCCUGGGGCUCUCCCCAAGGUGCUGGAGCGUUGGUGCAUGUCCCCGCGGACCAUUGAGGUCUUGAUGAACACCUACAGUAUCAUGCAGCUUCCUGAGGAGGCCGUGGGCCUGGUGCCUCCUGAAACUCUGCAGAAGUACCACCAUUUCUACUCCUCCCUCUUGGCCUUGGUGAGGCAGCCCAGAUCGCUGCAGCAUCUGAGCCGCUGUGCACUCCGUGCUCACCUGGCGGCCUGCCUGCCCCACGCCCUGCCCCGCCUGCCCCUGCCAGCCCGCCUGCUCCACUACCUACAGCUGGAUUUCGAGGAUGUGCUCUACUAG